CCCUUGGCGAACUCGGCGCCCCGCAGCUGGGCGCCCAUCCCGAGCGGCAGGGGUCGAGGGGCCGCCCGGGCUCCCCGGGAAGCGGGGCAGCACCUGGGCUGCUCGCUGGGACACCCUCAUCACGCAGCGACCUACAGGUGACCUUCAGGCCUAGAUAAUGCCCAGGGGUGAGCUGUCCUGAGCCGCUGUGUUCCAGCUACCUGUCCACGCACACCCCACGCAGCCUGCAGCUCCUCCUACCAUGGAGUCCCGGGGGAAGCCGACCAGCAGCCCCAAGCCCGACACCAAGGCCCCCCAGGCUGCUGCUGAGCCCAGAGCCCCGCCAGCUGCAGAUGGGAAAGCCCCCUCCGCUAAGCCCGGGAAGAAGGAGGCCCAAGCAGAGAAGCAAGAGCCUGCGGCGGCCCCCACCCCACCAACUGCCAAGAAGACCCCAGCCAAGGCUGACCCCACCCUCCUCAAUAACCACAGCAACCUGAAGCCGGCCCCGGCAGCCCCCAGCAGCCCCGAAGCCACCCCCGAGCCCAAGGGCCCCGGGGACGGGGCCGAGGAGGAGGAAGCCCCCAGCGGUGGCCCCGGGGGCCGAGGCCCUUGCCCCUUUGAGAACUUGACGCCCUUGCUGGUGGCGGGGGGUGUGGCCGUGGCAGCCAUGGCACUAAUCCUAGGUGUGGCCUUCCUGGCCCGGAAAAAAUGAUGGCCGGUGCCCAGGUGGGGGCAGAGCCACUCUGUACAGACCUCAGGAGCGUAGUGCAUGCCCAGCUCACGCAGCUACUAGACGUCCCUACCUGUGUAACACAUAUAUGCGCAGCCCCCACACACGCGCAGGCACCGACACGGACCGGCCCCUGCAAUGGAAAGCAAGCCCCCUCGAGGCCCCCAGCACUUCCCCUCCCCGUCCCGGGCAGACGUCCCUGCUGGGGCCGUGGUCCGGGGGCGGUGGGGGCAGCGGCCCUCCGGUGCAGCCUGCCCGCCCGCCAGCCGCAGCCGUGUCCCCCCUGGACACACUCCCGAGCGCCCGCCGGCCCCGAGAGAGGCCCCGGUGGUCCUGUGCGCUCCCUGGCAGCGGGGUGCGGACGGGUCCCCAGGGCACAGGCCUAGCCCGUGUGGGGACAUUAAAGGGUAUGGCUGUUUCACUCUCCCCAUUUCUGCUCUUUGUUUGUAGCUGGGCCGGGCCGGGGGUCCACGUGUGUACGCCCGGCGCCAGGCGACUGAGCCAAGGCCACGCAGCGGCCGAGCUUCUGUGCCCCCCCGCCCAUCGCCUGUGCCCCAGCCAGGCCCAGCUUGUGCCCCGGGGGGCAGCGGAGGGCUGCCCAGCCCAGCCCCCCGCCCCACUGCACCCUUUGAGUCUCACUAGCGUAUACAUGCAAUAACCCGUAGAGUAGAGCUGCUUGGAGGGGGCCCGGCACCCAUGGGCACCAGCCCGCUGGGCCUGCAGGGACACUGCGCCGUGCAGCCCUCGGUGCGGUGGCAGCGGGCGCGGGCACGGGGGGAGCCUGGCCAGCCGGCCGCUGAGACCCCGGGCCUGAGCGCAGGCCGAGUCUGAAAUAAACUAUGUUGUGUAA